AGUCCCACAUAUAACUUGAUUUAGAUAAUGCAAACAUGUUUAACGUAAAUGCUUUUGUUUUUGUUUCAAUUUUCUGUGCUUCUGUAGAGAGUGGUUGUCCCCCGGGCUGGGUUUCGCACGCGUCGUCAUGUUAUCACUUCAGCCAUGAUACCGAAGAGUGGAUUGGAGCUGUGGAUAUAUGUCGUGAACUUGGAGGACAGCUGGUUGAAAUAGAAGAUGCCGCCGAAGAUCAGUUUAUACUUUCCCAAGCCAGAAAACGCGGAGACAGUUUUUGGAUUGCCCUGUCGGACAUACAAAAAGAAGGGACUUGGGUUUGGAUGAACAGUAAGACGCCACUGGCACCAGGGGAUUAUACCCAUUGGGAAAACGGUCAACCAGAUAACGACGAUGGUGACGAAAAUUGCGUUAAUUUGGAGGAUAACUUUAAUAAUCUAUGGAAUGACUUUCCCUGUCACGAGAUUAUUAACUAUAUUUGUGAACGACCAAAUGAGGACGCCAGUUUGUUUGGUUAAGAAAAUACAAACGGAACUUCAUUUCUCAUUCCAAUUGUCUGAUAGAUAUUUGAUACAAAUAAAAUUAAAACUUAAA